AUGAACUGCCCCUCUCGCACCGACGACACCCUGGAGCACGACGAGUGGAACCAGAAUCCACCCUCUCUGGCCCCGGAUCUCACUACUCGCCAAGACCUGAAUGGCAUCUCUAAUGUCCGCGAACGUGAGGACCAUGGGGGUUUGACCGGAGUAUCGUUCGCCUGCUUUGACGAGGCAGGAGGCACGCCGAUACAUCCAAUCGACCCUGAGAAAAAAGCAUCGUCCGGGCUUGGGGCGUCUCUGACUCAGUCAGAACGCCCCGUUUACCUUUUGACCGGCGGUGCUGGUCAGGGGAAGCCCCCGAGUACUAUUCACUCAAUGCCUCAGACCCUGCAAGGCUGGGCAGUAUGGCUGCUGUCGGUUCUAUUCACCGCAGCCCUUAUUUCUCAUGACACUAUCUUGCGAUAUGUGUACUCUUUGCGAUCGCCUCCUACUGAACUUGAACCAUUUGAACCAGUCGAACGUUCCUACGACAUGCCCCUUCCAAAACGGGACUCCUGCGCCUCCAACAACGUGAAAGGAAGCCAGUACAACACCCCUCUGCACGUCGCUGCCCUCUUCAUCAUCUUAUCCGUGUCCACCCUUGCCUGCGUAUUCCCCGUGCUGGCCACCUGGUCCCCUCGGAUGCGCAUCCCCGCUUCGUUCCUCUUCUUCGUCAGCCACUUCGGUACCGGCGUCCUGAUCGCCACAGCCUUUGUGCAUCUCCUGCCAACGGCAUUCCAGUCCCUCAAUGACCCCUGUCUGUCCAAAUUCUGGACUUCCGACUACCCCGAAAUGCCCGGCGCCAUCGCCCUGGCCGGCAUCUUUCUGGUGACGGUCAUUGAAAUGGUCUUCAGUCCGGCCCGCCACUGCUGUCGCGUCGGCGUUGGCGAACAGCCCGCUUUCAUCUCGGGCGGCGAGACCGAGAAGGGCCCUUCCAUGCCCCAGAUCGACGUCACCGAUCAUUCGACUGACCCGGAAGGCGAGCGAGACGUCUCGCAGACGCAAUCGCAAGGCCAAGAUCUGGCGCAUCUUCGUGACAUGGGUCCGCUUGUGGGCCGCUCGUCUAGCAUGAGCCGCGCUAUAAACCGCAUGGGCGAAGACCCGGAACGCAUCUGUCGCAUUUCCUCGACCCCCGAGGAUCCGCAAGGCUACCAGUCGCAGCAGCCGCCCCAGCAGCCUAAAGUCGAGGCCAUCGCUCAGGAUGCCGAGCGUAAUGCCUACAAUGACAGCACAGACGACGCACAGACGCUCAAUCCGCAGCAGAAACACAACAAGGCCGUGAUGCAGGUGUUCCUGUUGGAGAUGGGAAUCCUGUUUCAUAGUGUUUUUAUUGGAAUGUCGCUUAGUGUCUCGGUGGGGAAUGAGUUUGUUAUUCUUUUGAUUGCGAUCGUUUUUCAUCAAUCCUUUGAAGGCCUCGCUCUCGGCUCACGCAUCGCCGCUCUCGACUGGCCGGAAAAAGCCCCCCAGCCAUGGCUCAUGUCCUUGGCCUAUGGAUGCACAACCCCAAUCGGCCAAGCCAUCGGCCUGGCCACACACACGCUCUACAGUCCAGACUCGGAAGUCGGUCUCCUGCUCGUCGGCACCAUGAAUGCCAUCUCGGCUGGCCUGCUCAUCUUCGCUUCUUUGGUGGAGCUGAUGUCUGAGGAUUUCUUGUCCGACGAGAGUUGGAAGGUCUUGAGGGGCCGGAAGAGGGUUUAUGCUUGUUUAUUGGUGUUUGGGGGUGCGUUUUGUAUGAGUUUGGUGGGGGCUUGGGCUUAA